UUUACGAAGUGCGAAGCAGGCUAGCCCCGGGAAUGCUGUCAAAUUUCAACUUUAAUCAUUUCUCGUUCGAAUUGUUUUGCUCUUAAAAGUCGAAAUCCUUGGCGGCAAAUCCCCAUCCAGAAUUCCCUGAUAUCGCAUUGAUUUGCUAAUUCUACCCAGGCGACGCUAUAGCGAAGAGAAAAGCAACCAACCAUGCUGUUUUCAAUAAUUCAAAUAUUCUGGCACACCUUCAUGAACUAUUUCGGAAUGAUGAUGGAAUUGGCCGACAAAUCGCGCUUCGUUACUUUACUGAUCAGUUGUACGAUGUCCAUGGCCUUCAUUCUGAACAUUCAGUGUGGUCGGGCUGUGUUUCAUUCAUUUAGAUAUUGGGUGACCAACAAAAGUAUCAAUUCCAAGCUGAACCGCUAUGCUUCGCCAGUUGACAUUGUGACCAGAUUUGCCUGCCAGCUGCAAUCGAAGCAUUCUCUGGUGUGGACCCACUACUAUGACCUGCCCCUGGCUAUGCUUCUCGAGAACAAUGGCAGCACGGUGAUCCUGCGCGGUUGCUACCCGCCGAAUUCGGUGCCCCACCUGAGUGGCGGUGAUCUGCGCGGCAGAUACCAUUUCGUGGAGGCCAACUUUAAGUGGGGCGCCAUGAGGUCUGAGCACUCGAUAGACGGACAACAGUUCUCCCUGGAGCUGCAGGUCCUUCACUACUGUCCCCAGCAAACGGAAUACCUGGCGAUAAGCUACCUCUUUUUGCGGACUCGCUUCAAGAAUGUUCCCCUCAAGCAAGUCACCGAAAACUUACGGUGUAUCCGAUGGGCAGGAUCCUCGAUUGAGCUGCCGCCCUUUGAGCUGGGAACUCUGCUGCGUACCUUCGGCAGGAACUAUUACAGCUACCAGGGCACCUAUGACAAUGGGGAGAUGAUGUUGCCAGUUACCUGGCUUAUUGACCCACAGCUUAGCCACGUCCGUUUCCAGCAGGUGAUUGAGUUUACAGCUUUGUGUGGAAAGGAUGGAAGCCGGAUCAUGAGCAGCGGCCGAGUGGAGAAAUCAUUGGGCAACCGCUCUCUGCUGUUUUAUUCCUAAGAAAUAUUCUGAGAAACGAGAAAAUAUAGUACAGAAUGCAUUUA